AUGUUUUUGAAAAUAUUGACAUUCGCAGCCUUCCUCUUCUCUCUAGGAAUGAGCCAAAGCCACCUAGCACCGGUUGUUGAUCUAAAUUAUGAGUUAUACCAAGGAUACUACGAUGAUAAAUAUGACAUCAAUGCAUACAAAGGGAUACGAUAUGCCGCCCCUCCAGUUGCGAUCGGCUAUGCACCGCGGUGCCCUCAAACACUAAACUCUCCAGGUCCGCAUAAACCGGGUCCAUCCGGCUCCGAAGACUGUCUGUUCGUGAAUGUCUUCACACCGGCAAACAAAACAAAGCUACCCGUAAUGGUUUGGAUUCAUGGCGGUGGAUAUGGCCAAGCAAACGGGGGAUUUGACCCAUCACCACAAAUCCAUACCAAUGGCAACACUUAUAUCAUAGUGACGAUCCAGUACCGGCUAGGGGCUUUCGGGUUCCUUUCAUCAGCUGAUUUGGCUAGAUCUGGUGUACCAAAUGCAGGAAUCCAUGAUAUGUACUUCUCAUUAGAAUGGGUUCAAGAGUAUAUUCAUCUAUUUGGUGGAGAUCCCGAGCAAGUGACUAUCGCCGGGGAAUCUGCUGGCGGAGGUGGUGCUAUGCUCCUUGGAAUGGCUUACGGAGGUUUUGACAACACCGCCUUGUUCAAGGGUAUCAUCGCUACAAGUCCUUUCCUUCCAUCUCAAUGGGAAUAUGAUGGCGCUGUGCCAACUGAAUACUACUAUCGUUUUGCGGAGAAGUUGGGCUGUCUUACGGAUGGAUCGAAAGUGAACGAAACAGUCUUCGAAUGCCUAGUCUCGGCAGACACGGUCGAUCUUCAAACUGCCAGUGACUACGUCAGUACAAGAGCACCUCACGGUCAAUGGGCCUUCGUUCCCGUCACAGAUAGGAGACUUAUCCAAGAAAGGCCCACCGACCAUCUCCUGGGAGGAGGGGGGCUCAAUGGCAUGCGUAUCUUGUCAGCGAGUAACCUGAAUGAUGGACCAGACUUCACGCCUCAAAAUAUAACGAAUGAAGACGAUUUUAGGCGCUUUGUUGCAACCACCUAUCCACUAUUAAGCGAAACGAACAUGACCAAUAUCCUCAAACUCUAUACAAUUCCCGAAAAUGCUUCAGAUAUAUUAGUCAACUCCGACGGCGUGAGAUCACCAUACUCGACAACGAACUCUGGAUGGGCCUAUGGCUGGCAGCAAGCAGCUACGAACCUAUAUGCAGAAACGUCAUUCACCUGCCCAUCGUACUGGCUCUCCGAUGCGUACGCAAAUAAGCGAGGUGGAAAGUCAUGGCAUUAUCAAUUAUCAGUUCCGCCUGGCCAGCACGGUCUCGACCUAUACCCGUUACUCCAGCCGACAGAUAUUCCGGAUACUAGUAUGGACGAGGUGUUUCGCGCUGCCUUCCAGAGGAUUUGGGGAAACUUUGUAGUGAAUGGCGACCCAACUCUCAGCCAAGAGCAAAUAAUCGCCGCAGAUAAAGGGAAUAUUAUUGCAGCAGGCUCUGGAGCAUGGCCUCAGUGGGAGGCGGAACCGGGAUACAACUGGAUGCUUAACGUGAAUAUGACCGGCGGCACACCAACCACAACGGAAUUUAUCAUCGGCGGUGUCCCGAUCAACGUUACUAGCUAUUUGCCUAGUAGCGAUGAAUCAAUACCGCCCUUAGUAGCAGACUUCGAGAUUGCGGAAGGAAGUUCUUGGGAGGGCGGGCGAAGGAAGAGGUGCCAACUAUGGGCAGACCUCGGCCCCUGGAUUAAGGAAUAA